AUGCUCAUACUCUGGUCAAUAUGCGGCGUACCGUUCGGUGUCUACGCGAUUGUCCAGAACUUCAACUUUGCUCUCAAGUUUCAACCCCAAGCUUUUGCUGGUCUUACCUUGAUCGCAUGGGGCCAAACACUCUACUACCACAACAAGUGGCGUGUAUGGACUGCGACUCUAGCUACCGUCGCUCUGGCUGCUAGCUUCGGUAUCAUGGAACUCAUUCUCAUUCUCACCUUGCGAGGACCAUACAGCAGAGGUGUAGAGUGGCCCAUGAUGCUCAUGGCCAUCUCAGCAUCCGUUAUCCAAGUCAUUGGUCUUAUUCCUCCUUACUUUGAGCUUGCGAAAAGGAAUGGUCGCGUCAUCGGAAUCGACUUCUGGUUCCUAACCAUCGACUACCUCGGCGCUUUCUUCUCCCUCAUGGCCGUCGUCGCACAACAGUGGUUCGAUGCUCUUGGCGCUAGUCUGUACAUCGCUUGCAUGGUCCUCGAGACGGGUAUCUUCGCUUCCCAGGCUAUCUGGCUGUGGCGCGUUAGACAUGUAAGAAGGGAGGCGAAGAAAGCCGGCAAGACGUACGAUGAGUACGUUGCGGAGAACCAGGGAAAGAAACUACCGAGGUGUGGGAGUGAAGAGACGUUUGUUGAUGUUGAGACGGGGUGUGAGAAGAAGACGACCAUCGGAGGUGGAGAGUAUGAUGCUGGUACAGAUGCGGAGAAGGCUACCAUAAAGGCGUCCACGACCCAACAGGAACGUACCGAUGUGACGACAGCAGAUGCAACAUCCACAUCGGCAUCAACAUUGACAUGGACGCCCAUAUUCGCGUCGAUGACAACCGCGCCAUCAUCCGACACACUUCAGACUCCGCUGGCCGCUGUCUUGAAGACUAGCACGUCUAGAUGA